GAGAGACCCGGAAGUAGUUACGGAGCUCGGCCGAGAGGGCGCGGUGUGAGUAGUGUGCCGUUGUUUUUCCUCGCUCGCUGCUCCUGCCGCCGCCGCCAUGGGGAAGCGACAGCACCAGAAGGACAAGAUGUACAUUACCUGUGCUGAAUACACUCACUUCUAUGGUGGCAAGAAACCAGAUAUCGCACAAACAGAUUUUCGUCGUCUACCUUUUGACCACUGCAGUCUCUCUCUACAGCCCUUUGUCUACCCAGUCUGCACCCCCGAAGGCGUCGUCUUUGACUUGCUGAACAUUGUCCCUUGGCUUAAGAAGUAUGGGACCAACCCCAGCAACGGAGAGAAACUGGACGGGAGGUGUCUGAUCAAGCUGAACUUUGCAAAGAACAGUGAAGGGAAGUACCACUGCCCUGUGCUGUUCACCGUGUUCACCAACAACAGCCACAUCGUGGCCAUCAGGACCACCGGCAAUGUCUACGCCCACGAGGCGGUGGAGCAGCUAAACAUCAAGGCCAAGAACUUCCGAGACCUGCUGACCGACGAGCCCUUCUCCCGGCAGGACAUCAUCACCCUGCAGGACCCCACCAGUUUGGACAAAUUCAAUGUCUCCAACUUCUUUCAUGUUAAGAAUAACAUGAAAAUAAUAGACCCAGAUGAAGAAAAGGCCAAGCAGGACCCAUCUUAUUAUUUGAAAAACACGAACACGGAGACCCGAGAGACGCUGCAGGAGCUCUACAAGGAGUUCAAAGGGGACGAGAUGCUGGCGGCCACCAUGAAGGUCCCCGAGAAGACAAAGGUGGACAGGCUGAACGCUGCCCACUAUUCCACCGGGAAGGUCAGCGCCUCCUUCACCUCCACUGCCAUGGUUCCCGAGACCACGCAUGAAGCAGCCGCCAUUGACGAGGACGUGCUGCGCUACCAGUUCGUGAAGAAGAAGGGCUACGUGCGGCUGCACACCAACUUGGGCGACCUCAACCUGGAGCUGCACUGCGACCUGACGCCAAAAACCUGUGAGAACUUCAUCAAGCUUUGCAAGAAGCAGUACUACGAUGGCACCCUCUUCCACAGGUCCAUCCGCAACUUCGUGAUACAGGGGGGUGACCCCACGGGCACAGGCACAGGGGGGGAGUCAUACUGGGGAAAGCCCUUCCGAGACGAGUUCCGGCCCAACCUCUCGCACACGGGCCGCGGCGUCCUCAGCAUGGCCAACUCGGGGCCCAACACCAACAAGUCUCAGUUCUUCAUCACCUUCCGCUCCUGCGCUUACCUGGACAAGAAGCACACCAUCUUCGGGCGGGUUGUUGGAGGCUUUGACACACUGACGGCCAUGGAGAAUGUGGAGAGUGACCCCAAAACUGACCGCCCUAAGGAGGAGAUUCGCAUGGACUCCACCACAGUGUUUGUGGACCCCUACGAGGAAGCCGAUGCCAAGAUCGCUGAGGAGCGGAAGAAGACGCGGCUGGAGGCAGCGGCCCUGGAGAGCACAGCCAAGACCAGCCAGCCCCAGCAGGGGAGCCAGGGCCCCCAGACGUACCGCCAGGGGGUGGGCAAGUACAUCAGCCCGGUGGUCACGAAACGGGUAGCAGAGGAAGAACCCUCCACCAGUGCAGCUGUCCCCGUGGCCAAGAAAAAGCCCAGCCGAGGUUUUGGGGACUUCAGCUCGUGGUAGCAGCAGGCUGGCCGCUCUGGAUUCUGGAGCUCCCGUGGAGGAAGGAGCUGCCUCCUCCCAGGACCCGUCUGCUCCCGCUGCGAGGCCAACAGGGUCAUCGCUACCCUCCCCUACUCUCAGCACCUGUGUCCUCGGGUCAGCACGGCCACCACCCCCUUGGGCUCUGGUCCGUUUCUCGCCUUUCCUGCCUCACCCGAAACCUCACGUCAGUGAGUGCCAACAGCUCUUAUUUCUAGAAGGUACUGUGGCUCUUUCCGCGUCUCUGCUUCUGAGCCCUGGGCCUGUCUCACCUGCCUCCUCCGAGCCUCACGUGCAGGUCCCCACGGAUGGCGGCGCCUUCCCUGCACACGGACCCGCCGUGCAGCCCGUCCUCCGAGGCCCCUGCCCAUGACCGUCAGCUGGGACCUGGACUCUAUGGUGACCUUCCCACUCCCCCGAUGCCUUGGGCCAGGCUGCUGUCCCUCACGUCUUCCCAACCCUCUCACCAUUGAGGGGCUUACACACCCGUGCUGUCUGUCUCCGGGAGCUGGGGUCACGGGGAGGAGGUGGCCGGGCCUGGUGACGGCCAGCGUAAGUGCCCUUGUGGGCCACGCGGGGAUGCUUGCCUAGGGCUCCUGGACCCCCGGAUUGGGGGCUCCGCCCUCAGCAGCUCCUUGGCUACCCCGUCAGGCCGCGAGACCCGUGAUGCUGCUAACUAGGAAACAUUGGAUGUUGGAAGCUUUAUUUUUAAACCUCACAGACAGACAGAGGACAGAGAGCCGGACGUGGGGCCAGAGGAAGCCUGUGCACGUGAGCUUGGCAGUCCUGCUUGAGGGGCAAACCUUCGGGCUGGCCUGGGCUUCUGUCCAUCCGUCUGUCUGGCAGCUGUGCCCAACUACCCUGAGGGAAGGCCGGCCACCCUGGGCUGCAGCCCCGCGGCGCCACCCACAGCAGAGGACAGGCCUGCCCAGAGCCUUUGACAAAUGAGGGUUUACAUUUCUGUAGGUCGUUUUGAGCUUAAAUUUUAGUUUUCUAGAUAUUAAAAACAUUCAGAUUUUGUUAAGUCUCUGGUGAGAUUAUCAGGUAAAUUAAAGGACUUUUUAAACAA